AUUUUCAAGGUUUGGUCGCCGCGAAGACAAUUCCCCCUUCUCCAAUAAAUGCUCUUAUUCUGAUCGACGCAUCUCUGCAAAACCCUACCACUACCACUGAAAUACUACGCUCAAUUCCAUCGCCGAUGGGUACUCUGGGCAGAGCUUUCUACACCGUCGGCUUCUGGAUCAGGGAAUCCGGCCAAGCUCUCGAUCGCCUCGGCUCCCGUCUCCAGGGGAAUUACCUUUUCCAAGAACAGCUGUCGAGGCAUAGAACGCUUAUGAACGUAUUUGAUAAAGUUCCUGAGGUUGCUAAGGAAGCCUUUGUGGCCCCGAGCGCGUCCCUCACUGGGGAUGUUUAUGUUGGUCGUGGAUCGUCUAUUUGGUAUGGAUGUGUGCUCCGAGGUGAUGCAAACAUCAUCAGUAUCGGAUCUGGAACGAACAUACAAGACAAUUCUCUCAUUCAUGUAGCGAAAUCUAAUCUUAGUGGGAAGGUCCUGCCGACCCUUAUUGGUGACAAUGUCACUGUAGGUCACAGCGCAGUCUUGCAUGGAUGUACUGUAGAGGAUGAGGCAUUUGUCGGUAUGGGUGCAACAUUGCUCGAUGGGGUGGUUGUGGAGAAGCAUGCAAUGGUUGCUGCUGGAGCGCUUGUGAGACAGGAAACGAGAAUACCUUCCGGAGAGGUUUGGGGAGGAAAUCCAGCCAAAUUUCUGAGGAAGCUAACUGAUGAAGAAAUCGCCUUCAUUCCUCAGUCAGCCAUUAACUACGCAAACCUGGCCCGAGCUCACGCUGCUGAAAAUGCUAAAGAUUUCGACAAAGUGGAAUUUGAAAAGGUACUUCGCAAGAAACUUGCUAAUAAGGAUGGAGAGUAUGGCUCAAUUUUGGGCGCUGUCCGCGAGACAGUGCCAGAAAUUCUUCCGGAGAAUGUAAAAGCUCCAAAGGCUUCAUAACUAAGUGUUUAAAGUAUUUGCUUUUUUGUUAUUUCCGGUGGAUAUUUAUAAGAAUCCCUCCCCAAGUUUUCAGCUCCCAAUAAAUCAUGGGACGAGUCUUAAGUUCCAUUGGAUCGAUCCUGGUCUUUGAUUUUCCGGAGACUUAAAAAUGUUGGCUUAUUUGUUGUAUGCUCGGAGUUGUGCUUGUAAUGGAUUUGGUGGAUAGGUUGGUUGGUUGAAAACUUAUUCGAUAUCUGAAAGUCAACCUUAAACUUUUAUCAUA